AUGUCUCUCAAUGUGCUGGACGCCACUGUAGGCGAGCUGCGCGCUGGCCUUCUUGAGGGACGCCUGACAAGCGAGCACAUCGUCUCCGAGUAUUUCUCUCAGAUAGAGCGACACAACAUCAAUGGACUCGGAGUCCGCGCCCUCAUCUCAACAGCGCCGAGAGAGUCUGUCCUGACCCAGGCUCGGGCCCUCGAUGCGGAACGAAAGGAAAAGGGUCCGAGAGGUCCUUUUCAUGGAAUCCCCAUACUGAUCAAGGACACUUUCCUGACCAAAGCAUCCAUGGGCAUGGCAACAACAUUUGGCUCAGCAGCUCUCAUCGAUGCAAUGGCAACUGAGAAUGCUGCGGUUGUCGACCUUAUCCUAGAUGCCGGCAUGAUUGUGCUAGGAAAGACGAGCAUUUCGGAGUUCAACAACUACAAAGCAACCCCGCCAAACACUGGUGGCUGGUCAUCGGCUGGCAAUCAAGGACAAUCCCCCUAUGUUGUUGGUGGCGUUUCGGCAAAUGCCACAUUUCUCGGACACAGCACACCUUGCGGCUCAUCAUCUGGCAGUGCAAUCGGCGUUGCAGCUGGUUUUGCCCCUAUUGCACUCGGCGCAGAGACUGACGGCUCUAUAGUUCAACCCUGCUCUCGUGCUGGCCUCUAUGCCCUCAAGCCUACACCCGGUACAGUUUCCGUCGCGAAUGUCUUGGCAGGACCGACCUUCGACGCAGUAGGUCCUAUGGCCAGAACUGCCAAGGACGUAGCAGAUAUGGUCGGUCUCUUGAUGGGCGAGGAUUUCACUGGGGCGCUGAAAGGCUCCUGGCAAGGAAUCAAGGUCGGAAUAGUGCAGUAUGAGCCUUGGGCUCCUGCUCCGUUUGUCGUUGAACCAGUGGACGAGUUCACUGCCCAAGUGAAAGACGGAAUGCGGCAGGCAGUAGAAAAGAUCAGAAAAAUGGGCGGGACAGUGGCUGAGGAUGUGACUCUCAGUCCCUUCUGGGAGUACGCCGAUUUUAUGACCUCCCGUGGCAUUGAUGCGGAUUCGUUCUGGGGUGAUUAUUCCCAUAGCCGUUACGGAUUACGUGACGUCUUCGAUGCCCUCAUGACCAAAUUUGAGACUGCGAAAGUUCGGACGCUCGCCGAGAUGAUUCAAUAUCAUCGGACCCAUGCGGAUACCUGCCUUCCUCCUGGACAUUCCUCCCAAGCCGGCCUCGAGAGUAUUCUAGAGGAAAAGGUCAAUCCCAAAUUCGAGGAGAUUAUUAAAGAAAUGAGGGAGGAGGCUCGGGCGCGUAUCGACGGCGCUCUCGACAAGUUCGGUGUGGAUGUCAUCCUCAGCCAGUCCGACGGCCGCAUGGCAAGUCUCGCAGCCGCAGCUGGAUAUGCCGUGUCCGCACUUCCUUUAGGCUACGCCGACUUCAACGGCCGCGCUUGGGGAGUCAAUGCUGUUGCUGGUGCACGAGGAGAAGCCAAGAUGUUGGAACUGAUGAGCGUCUGGGAGGCGACGUUUCCUGACGCACGACAGUCACCGCCCCAGCUUCGGGAAACUUCGAAUCCCGCGCUUUAG